AUGAACGUCCUCAAGCUCCAGAAGCGAUUCCCGCAGCUGGACCAGGGCGAGAUCUUCUCCCUCCAGGAUGCAUUCCGCAAGCUGGAUGUCGAUGACAGGGGCUACCUGGACGAAGCGUCCGUGAUCAAGGCCACUCAGCAGUCCGAACGCCAGCCCUACGAUGUUGUGCGACAGGCGCUCAAGGGCGUCGAGCUUGAUAGCUCCCGUCGUGUCGAGGUCGAGGACUACAUCGAUCUGGUAUCGCGACUUCGCUCAGGACCUGCCCCGGGUGCUCCGGGCGGAUCGAGCCCCGCAGCCGUGAUUCAAAAAGCUGGAGCCGGCGCGGGCGCGGGCUCUGGCGGAUCCCGACACGUUACCAAGGGCAGCCUUGGUGGUGGUCGCAUCCACGUCCAGGGCUCCUCGGCGAACGUCACUCACACUAUCAACGAGGAUGAACGAACCGAAUUUACGAGACACAUCAAUGCCGUUCUUGCCGGCGAUCCCGAUAUUGGCAACCUGUUGCCCUUCCCGACCGACACCUUCGAGAUGUUCGACAAGUGCAAGGAUGGUUUAGUCCUGGCGAAGUUGAUCAACGACAGUGUGCCGGAUACCAUUGAUGAGCGUGUUUUGAACAAGGCCGGCAGGAAGAUCAAGGAAUUGAACGCCUUCCACAUGACGGAGAACAACAACAUUGUGAUCAACUCUGCCAAGGGCAUCGGCUGCUCGGUGGUCAACAUCGGUAGCGGGGAUAUCAUCGAAGUCCGUGAACACUUGAUUUUGGGCCUGAUCUGGCAAGUCAUUCGCCGUGGUCUGCUGGGCAAGAUUGAUAUCAAGCUCCACCCCGAGCUGUACCGCCUGUUGGACGAGGACGAGACCCUGGAACAGUUCCUGCGCCUUCCCCCAGAGCAGAUUCUGCUCCGUUGGUUCAACUAUCAUCUCAAGAACGCCAAAUGGGAGCGACGCGUGACAAACUUCUCCACAGAUGUGAAAGAUGGGGAGAACUACACCGUGCUCCUGAACCAGCUAGCACCGGACGUCUGCUCUCGCAGCCCCCUGCAGACCCGCGACUUGCUCCAGCGCGCCGAGGAGGUCCUCACCAAUGCGGAGAAGCUCGACUGCCGGAAGUUCUUGACCCCCACCUCUCUUGUCGCCGGAAACCCUAAGCUCAACCUGGCGUUUGUUGCGAACCUGUUCAACACGCACCCAGGACUGGAUCCGAUCACGGAGGAGGAGAAGCUGGAGGUGGAAGACUUCGAUGCGGAAGGUGAGCGCGAGGCUCGAGUCUUCACCCUUUGGCUGAACUCCCUGGAUGUGCAGCCGGCCGUCAACUCGCUCUUCGAUGAUUUGCGUGAUGGAUCCAUUCUGUUGCAGGCGUACGACAAGGUCAUUCCGGGCAGCGUCAACUGGAGGCACGUGAACAAGCCCCCGGCGUCGGGUGGGGAGAUGAUGCGAUUCAAGGCGGUGGAAAACACCAAUUACGCCAUUGAGCUUGGAAAGCACCAUGGUUUCUCUUUGGUCGGUGUGCAGGGUGCUGAUAUUACCGACGGCCAGCGCACCCUUACCCUGGGUCUGGUGUGGCAAUUGAUGCGCCGCGAUAUCACUCGCACCCUGUCUGCGCUGGCCCAGCGUCUGGGCAAGCGUGAGAUCACCGACGCGGAGAUGAUUCGCUGGGCGAACGACAUGUCUAAGAGUGGUGGCCGGACCAGCUCCAUCCGCAGCUUCAAGGACCCGUCCAUUGGCUCUGGCCUGUUCCUCUUGGAUGUGCUGAACGGCAUGAAGAGCAGCUAUGUGGACUAUGACCUGGUCACCCCCGGCCGGUCUGACGAGGAGGCGUAUGCCAACGCCAAGCUGAGUAUCAGUAUUGCCCGAAAGAUGGGUGCUACCAUCUGGCUGGUGCCCGAAGAUAUUUGCCAAGUGCGCUCUCGCCUGGUGACCACAUUCAUCGGAACACCCGUGGCUUUCGUACCCGUUUACAUAUCCUUUAUGGGCCUGAAGAGCGCCAUUGCUCCUGCUCUGGUAUGGGCAGCGACUUCCUAA